GGGAUAUAUUGUUGUAGCAACAAACAGCAAUGUCGGACAUUCAUUCAACAACGUUCCGCUAUGAAGCAGUUUGUCAAGAGCUCGGGGUUCCUCAAAAUCCGUACUUCCUGAAAAUGUUUGAGAAAGAAAAGGAAGAGACAAUUUUGAGAUCAAAAACUGGUGAUAUCCGAGACAACAUGCACCUGUAUCUGGCCGGAAACAACAAGCUUCUGACAGACAAGCGUCUCGAUGACAAAGACUGUGAGGUCCUGUACAAGCUUCUGCAAAACAACGUGUUUGUCACGAGUCUUGACCUUCGCUACAACAACAUCACCGAUGAGGGGGUCAAGUUCAUCGCUAAGCUGUUGGAGGAGAACGCAGUCAUUGAAGAAAUCAACCUGAUGUGCAAUGACUUUGGCAAAGAUGGUGCUGAGGUUCUCGCGAGGGCUUUACAUAAGAACACAGGUCUUCGUUGCCUGCGAUUGAAUGGGAACAAGAUUGGGAACAGGGGAGGAAUGUACCUGGCUCAGAUGUUACAGAUAAACACUACGCUACAGGCCCUAGACAUUGCGGACACUGACCUUACCACAGAGAGUGUUAUCGCCGUGGCAACAGUUCUGAACAAUAACAGGACCCUGAAAUCCCUCAACAUGAACCGACCCAUUCUCUUCACAGAGCAAGAGGAGUGUACUGUACACUUUGCUAAGAUGCUCAAGGUCAACACAACACUUGAAGAGCUCCACCUACAGAAGUUUGAGAUACGGGACUUUGGGGCCACAAGACUGGCAGAAAACCUCAUGGAGAACCUCUCCCUGCAAUACCUGGACCUUAGUUGCAACAGAAUAACAAGAGAUGGUGUUAAGGAGCUGUCGAAGGUGUUGAAGCGAAACACUGGCAUUCGUCACCUCAAUCUGAGUUUUAACCGACUGGAGGAUGACGGAGCCAUACACGUGGCUGAGGCAAUUGCUACGUACAACACCACACUGGAAAUCCUGGAUGUGAGAACCAAUAACAUCACUGGAAAGGGCCUGUGUGCCUUGUCUGAUGCAUUGAAGAUGAAUGCCACUCUCAACAAAAUCUUCAUCUGGGGAAAUGUUCUUGAAGAAACUGCUGCUAUUGCCUUUGCUAACCUGCUGGACAGUGGGCGACUCCAGAAAGAAAGCACAGACGUUCAGCCUUACCUCGUAGACGGAAAAACCAUCCUCAGCGAGCUCAACCACAGUGAACAGAGACAUUAUUACUACGCUCCGAGUUAUGGGGCUGACGUUCCUAGCUGGCAGCCAAGGGGGAAAAAUCCACGAGGAUCAGACGUGAAAGCCUACAGUAAUUCAGGAAGGGAGAUCAUGGCAAUGUGAUAACUAAGGGAGAUAAUAAAAUUUGAACUUGUUAAAAUUAAGGGAAACAUGAUACAUUUGACUUUAAAAAAGGGUGAUAAUCAAUAUUAAACUUUGAAGUUUUGACUUUUGAAAUGAAAUGGAUAUAACAAACCUUAUACUUUUAAUAUAAAGGGAGGUAAUAAAUAUUUGACAUUUAAAAUAAAGGGAGAUAAUUAACAUUUGACAUUUAAAAUAAAGGGAGAUAAUAGACAUUUGACAUUUAAAAUAAAGGGAGAUAAUUAACAUCUUACAUUUACUACACAAUAGUUUAAAAACGAAAUAAUAAACUAUUGGUUCUAACAUUCAAAAGUAAGGUUGAUUAAGCUUGUUUUGAGACAAUGUUAUCACCACUUAUGAUAACUGACUUUUAAUCUGAUAUAUUACAAAGGGAGAUAAUUGGAUUUUCAAUUUUGACAUACCGGUAAAUCGUUUGUUGAUUUUGAUCUGAUCUUUUAAGGGUUGGAAUGUCAUUUUUAUCUUUAUGACGUCUCAUAUCUGUUGUAGAUUGUAUCUGUGAUAAAAACUUGUGAUCGUCAAUAUGUUGAGUUAAAUUUAUAUCAGUAAUAUUUUGAAAAUAAAUUAUUACAAUAUGAUA